AUGGAGGACAUGAGCACGCAGGUUGUAUCUCCUGCAGCGGCUGGCGUGAUGAGUGAAGUGGCUGUCCUAGUGAAUGCGCUGUCUAUUGUCAUCGAUCUUGGGCCACUCUUCGUCUUGCUUUUUCCAACUGACUGGAAGGAAGUGAGCAAGUUCUUCAGCCUCAAAUCUUUCAUACUUAGCGCCGUGAUGAACUUCUUUCUGGCUUCACAUGUGCUGUUCGAGAUUGAUGAGAAGGACAAACAUCGUGAUGUCUUGUUUGUGUCUGUGGUGGGCUUUUGCACUGCUACAGUUUUCGCUUUCUUUCUUCUGGCCCAUCGUGGUGUCAUGAAAAACAGUCGCUGGGCACGGUGCUGGAUGGCUUAUAUCCUGCUGUGCUUUGUUAUCGCUUGCCUUGUGCUUCUGGGUGGCAUUUUUGUAGAGUUUCAGGGUUAUGGCCCAAUCAUAAGUGUGUUGGGUUUCCUAGUGGUGCUUGUAUUGAAUGCUGCUACUGUGGCCCCAGUUCUGACUUGCAAGCCCUUACCUGAUGACGAAGUUACGUUCUACACUGUCUUCAUGUCGUUCUUGAAUGCCCUUGAUUCCAGCUUUUUUGUGUUUUACGCUGUCUGCCUCGGAACGUUUGGCCGCUUUCUGUCGCUAGUCAGUUUGAUGAAUGCUUUGGGUGCACUUAUACUACUCAUUGGACUGAUUGUGACUGCACUACUGAAAGGGCUACGUCGACUUCUCAACUUCAUUUUCAGCUUUGGUGGCCACCACAGGAACGACUGA